AUGGAGCACCGCCCGGAUCGCCCACAUGCCUUGGGCCUGCGCUCUCAUUCUCACGAGCCUCCCAGCAAUGCCAGUGUCGCCAGUGUCGCCAGCGCCAGCAUGAGCAACCUCUCUCUCACCGACCUCCCCAGCCCGCGCGCCGGCGAUGCACCGCCUGCACUCUCUCCCCUGGACGCCCUCGCACUGCAGGGCCGCCUGCUGGCAAAGCGCUUCGAGCAGGCCGACAAGAGCGGACGCCGUCUCAGCAGACUGGCGCCGCUCACCAUCCAAAACGAGUUCGGCAACCGCUCAGGCUACUUUUCCUCGCUGUCGUCAGCCGUCAGCUCCCCAAACGAUGACCUCGGUCCCAUCGGCGUCGCACCGCCGCCCGAGACGUCCCCUCGCCAUCACGCGCCCGACAGGCACAGAUCGGUCCACGCGCAGAUCAGCGAUGAGGAACCCCAAUCUGCCCAGUCGCCGUCAGCACGCAGCAAUCUCGCUUCCAUUGGGGAGGCCAGUCCCGCCAAUUCGCCCCGCGGCUACUUCGAUAUCCCCAGGUCGCACUCACCCGACUUCGUGGAACCUCACAUCGGUGUCCGAGAGGCGACGCCUGUCAGCCCGACUGGCCCAACGCCGACCUCGACUUCUCAGUUCUUCUUGAGCCCCCAGCGGAAACCGUCUUCUGACUCGAUGCCCCGCUCGCACCCACGCGCUAAUCUGCUCCCCCCCAGGAAAGCUAGCAACCACUCUCAACGCUCUCCAAGACUGUCACCCAGCACCAGAUCGGUCCACGACAGUUCUGACGAGGUCGAUGACCUACCACUGAGUGCCUCUUACGAUUCCCUGCCACGCAACAGGGUCUUGUCAGCAAGCUCCAGUCUCUCUCGAGCUCAGUCGCCUCUUACACCCACCACGAGCAUGCCACGCUCACCAUCGGCGGCUUCGGAACGCUCUGUGAACGGCCACCUACCUCGCCCAGCUUUCAACUUCUCCAGGCCAAUCAGCAGACAGAGCACUCGCCCUUCCAUAGAUUGUGUCAGACCUUCCCUGGACAUACCGUCGCGACAGCCUUCAGAGGAGAGUGUUUUCAUGAGGCCUUCUUGUGAGAGCAACCUUAAGCGCCUGGAUUCCACCGACGAACCCAGCUCCAACUACGCCCACGAGACAAUACACACGCCUGUCAGCAUGGUCAGUGAGGAUUUUCGUCGAUCAGGCGACCAUACAAACAACCCCGUACCAUCCUACACGUACACUACAUUCGACCUGCCUCGAGGCAGGAAGCUUGAUCGUGGCUCUGUCGGCGUCGAAAGCUUCUUCAAAAAGGAGAUUACCUGGGACCAGUCUAACGCAAAGAACCAGCAACGGCCGCCGUCACCCGAAUCGCCACCCCGCUCGUUCGACCAGAAACGAUCGCCACAGGCCCCUUCGCUUACCUCGAGCAACAGCACCAUCCGCGCUGCCACUGCCGGUAAUGCAGAAGUUACUGCUCAGGAGCAUUGCGAUAUGGGUAUUGAGCUGCAUGAGAAGGGCGAGCUUUUGAAGUCCACCUACCAUCUACGUUUAGCAGCCCGCGGAGGGCUUCCUGAAGCCAUGCUCUGGUAUGGUCUCGCCUGCCGCCACGGCUGGGGUAUGCGCGAGAACAAGGCCGAGGCACUGCAGUGGUUGCGCCGCGCUGUCGAUUCUGGUCAUCUUGAGAUUGCCGACGACGAAGUUCAGUCUAAGCAGGGCCAGUGUACUGAUGCCAUGAAGAAGAAGCAACACAAGGCUCAGUACGCUGUUGCGAUCUACGAGCUCGGCAAGUGCUACAUGAACGGCUGGGGCGCUGCUCAGGACAAGGCACUUGCUCUCCGUUGCUACGAAAUCGCCGGAAACUGGGGCGAUCCUGAUGCUCUGGUCGAAGCGGGUUACUGCUAUGCCGAAGGCGUUGGCUGCAAGAAGGACAUGAAGAAGGCUGCCAAGUUCUAUCGCGCAGCUGAAGCCAAGGGAGUGAGCAUGGUGGGCAACAGCUGGAUCUACAAAGACAAGUAUAAUGACGGUAACACCAGCACUUCUGACUCUCGGUCUGUCCGUUCGGGGCGGUCCACAAAGAAGCUCAAUUCUGAGAAAAACUCCCGCGAUAAGAGCCGCACCCGUACCAUCUUUAGCCGCAAGAAGAGCCACACGGCUUCUUCCACCUGA